AGCGGCAGUUGUGGAGGGCGUUACUCUGGUGCGGUAAAUUUUAACCAACGUUGCAGAGUGACAUGCGCGUAGUUAUUUAUAAAUUGUGACUAAAACACACGAAACAAUCGGAUUUCAGUGGUCAAUCAUAGUGGAAGUGCAGUGUUGGAUGUAAUUCCGCGUAAAAUCUAUUUAUUCCGGGUUUGUUUUAAGCAUUGGUGCAGUGUUUAUGUUCCAAGCGCGGCGCCUGUUUCGUCCAGCGGCGGCGUGGAGGGACGUCGCCCUCGAAGAUUCCUAAUAGAGAUGCGGAGACGAUCGGCGCGCCGCGCGGCACCAGCGGCGGCGGCGAGGUGAGGCGGCGAUGGACCACGCGGUGAAGGCGAUGUCGGCGCGCGGGCCGCUCGCCCGGCUGGUGGCCCGCCGCCGUUUCGAGUCCGCCGAGCUCGAGGAGUUGUACGCCCGGUACGCGUGCAAACUGCAGCGCACCUCAGUGGGUAACGCACUCGCGCUGUGGGCCGUGCUCGCGGCGGCGCUGGCCGCCGUCGAGGCGACUCGGGGCUGGCGAGCUGCACCACAGGUGGGCGUGCUUAGUGCGCACGCUGUGCUUUGCAGCGGGCUUGCAUGGUGGUGCGGCCACGCGGGCGGCGCCACGCCCGAGCGGCGCCUGCCCCGCGCUUGCUGGCUCGCGCUGGCGGGCGGGGGCGCCACGCUGGCCACCACCCUGCCCGCCUGGGGUCCCGGCGCGGCCGCUGAAGGUGCAGCUCACGUCGUAUGGGCCGUCUUCGCCGCCUACGCCCUGCUUCCAGUCGGUGCGCCGGUCGCGGCAGCCUUCGGCGUGUUGCUACCGACGGUUCAUACCAUAGCCGCGGCGUUGGUCGCCAGCCGGUUCCCUUACCAUGUGUGGCAACAGAUGGUUGGCAACGUGGUAGUGUUCGUGUGCGUGAACUUGGUGGGCGCACUGAUGCACUCGCUGAUGGAGACCGCCCAGCGACGCGCCUUCCUCGACACGCGCAACUGCAUCGCCGCCCGGCUCGACAUGGAGGACGAAAACGAGAAGCUGGAACGGUUGCUGCUUUCCGUCCUGCCUCAGCACGUGGCUAUGGAGAUGAAGAACGACAUCAUCUCGCCGGUGGAGGGCCAGUUCCACAAGAUCUACAUCCAGAAACACGAGCAAGUCAGUAUUCUAUUCGCGGACAUUGUGGGCUUCACGGUGCUCGCAUCGCAGUGCAGUGCGCAGGAGUUGGUGCGGCUACUCAACGAGCUCUUCGGCAGAUUCGACCAGCUCGCCAAUGAUAACCACUGUCUCCGUAUCAAGAUCCUGGGUGACUGCUACUACUGCGUAUCCGGGUUGCCCGAGCCUCGGUCGGACCACGCCCGAUGCACGGUCGAGAUGGGGCUUGACAUGAUAGACGCCAUUGCGUCCGUGGUUGAAGCUACGGAUGUCCAGCUGAACAUGCGCGUGGGCAUCCACACGGGCCGCGUGCUGUGCGGCGUGCUUGGUUUGCGCAAGUGGCAAUACGACGUGUGGUCCAAUGACGUCACGCUCGCUAACAACAUGGAGGCGGGCGGAGAGCCAGGGAGAGUACAUAUCACACAAGCUACGCUGGACAGCCUGGGCGGUGCCUACGAGGUGGAGCCAGGCCACGGCGCCAACAGAAACGCUUACCUGCGGGACCACUCGGUGCAAACCUACUUCAUUAUUCCUCCCCCGAGGCGGAGAAAAAUGUGCCUAUCGACCGGUGUCGGUUUAGGGUCGGGCUCUCGUCGCAAAUUGUCAUUCAAGAACGUUUCCAACGUGGUCGUACAACUAUUACACUCCAUAAAGUUCAACGUGGACGUCCCAUUCUCCAAUAUGGCCGCCUCUCCCCAGGAACUCAAGGCCAACGCCGCUAGAAAGGUGCUGGACUUGCGCCGCGCGCUGCACGCGGAGCCCGGGUCGGCGGAGGCGCUGCGGUUGGCAUCGCUGCGCGCGGAAGACGUGAGCGCCGCGCUGCACCCCCCCGCCCCCCAGCACCACACCUUCGACGCGGUCAUGCAGCACCACCUGCGAACGCACCCCACGAAUAAGGUCACGGAGAAGUUUAAACGGCCUCUGAAAAAGCGUCACUCGUCUGUAUACCACCAGCCCACCAACCGCGUGAACAAGUACUUGGCGCAGGCCAUCGACGCUCGCUCCGUGCACCGUGAGAAGGCGACUCAUGUGCAUUUACUCACGCUCUGCUUCAAAGACCCUGCUAAGGAGGCGCAGUACCGCGCGUCUACGGACGGCGGGUGGGCGGGGUCGUUGGGUGCAGCGCUGGGCGCUUUGGUUGCUGCCGGAGCGCUUCAAGCGGCAAUCCUGCCGCGUACGACCAUCGUACUAUUGCUGUUCGUGACCGCGUUCGCGUGGUCGGCAGCGGUGCUAGCGCUAACUUUAGCGGCGCGCCUCAGACUUGUGCCUUGCGAUGUGUCGCGACCUUUUGCCCUACGGAACGCCAUCACGACGUUCACCAUUGUACUGGGAUACGCCGUCGGGCAAGCUAAUGUGGUUACGUGUCGAGAAGUGAACGUGUGCAAGAAUCUUACAGAGAACGUAACCACGAUGGAAGAGGUCCGUUUCAUGAGCGGUGACGUAGCUGCUGCAUUAUGGAGUAGUACCGACCAUCGGGCGUGCCCUGUACCGUUAUACAUUACGUUGGGCUGUUGCCUGAGCAUGCUCACUGUGGCCGUGUUCCUGCGCCUGCCCAUACUGGUGAAGGGAGUGCUGCUGGCGGUCAUCACGGCGGGAUACAUGGCCGUCAUCAUGGCCUACCAUAAGGACCUGUUCGAUUGCUACGAUUUAAUCACUGAGCCAAGUAUGGUCGGCUCGGCGUACAUAGCCUCAGCAUGGGCGCUGGCGCUAGCUCUGGCGGUCUUAUUGCACGCGCGACAGACCGAGUGGACGGCGCGACUCGACUUCUUGUGGCAGGCGCAGGCGCGCGACGAGAAGCGAGACAUGGACGCUUUACAGGCUUCUAACAGAAGAAUAUUGUUCAAUCUACUGCCUUCUCACGUGGCGACGCACUUUUUGGACAACCAGUUCAGAACCAACAUGGAUCUCUACCACCAGUCGUACCAGCGCGUGGGCGUGGUGUUCGCCUCCAUCACCAACUACCACGAGUUCUACAUGGAGCUGGACGGUAACAACCAGGGCAUGGAGUGCCUGAGGCUGCUCAACGAGAUUAUUGCUGAUUUCGAUGAGCUAUUAGGAGAAGAUCGCUUCAGUGCAAUAGACAAAAUUAAAACUGUUGGCUCCACGUAUAUGGCUGCCGUGGGUCUGAUCCCUGAUAAGAAAAUGAUGGAUGAAGCUAGUGCUCGUAAGCACAUGGCCACACUUGUGGAAUUUGUGUUCGCCAUGAGAGAUAAGUUGAAGGAUAUCAACGAUAACUCGUAUAACAACUUUAUGCUGCGAGUGGGUAUAAACGUGGGACCGGUUGUGGCCGGAGUGAUAGGUGCUAGAAAACCUCAAUACGACAUUUGGGGCAACACAGUCAACGUAGCGUCUCGAAUGGACUCUACCGGUCUGCCAAAUCAUACGCAAGUUACCGAAGAAGUGUACCAAGUCCUCAAGGACAUGCCUUACCAGUUCGUUUGCAGAGGGAAGGUCAAGGUGAAGGGCAAAGGGGAAAUGACAACGUACUUCUUGACUGACAGAGCGCCCUCUAACGGAAACGGCACCGUUUCGUCAAACGGACAACCUCAGAAUCCGCCCACAGCAUACGGCGGAGUGGCAACACCGCUGGCUAUGUUACAAAACUCGGCCAGAAGAGCCGCGGCACAGCCUUCUAGACUUCCUCCAGUCAGAGAAACCUCCGUGGCCGGCGAGAACGAACCGUUACUCCCUUCCAACGGCCAUCAAAACAACGGCAAUAACCACAAAGGCAGUAAAAACAGAAGAAACAAAGAUGAAGAAACUCCUCCGCCUCCGCCGCCGCAUGGAAUAUCAGGGAAUGCAAGAUGGCCGCCGCCUAGGGCGUUAGUCCCUCCUUGGCCUCGGCCACAGGAGUCUCGUCCUCCAGCCGUUCAUAAAAGAAGAGCGCCAACGAGGUUGCCUAGACCAAGAUCGAGCGAAAGUCUGCCUUUAGCGCGUAGUCCACGCGUCCAUUCCUCUGCUGACGAACUGAGUUCUCUCACCCGUUCGCCAAGUCUCAGUUCCUCGGACGAAAGCUAUUCGAGAACUACCGACGCUUCUCCAUCACCCCCGCGGCCUCACAAUCAACAAUGGCUACCUUCACGAGUCAACGAUCGGCCAGCUUACGAUUACCCCGUGAGGGCCGCCAAACCAAACCCUAACCACACCAAUGAAAUAUACGCUAAGCACAAAUUGAAUAAGAAACCUUCUUUGGACGAUAAAUUCGUAGACGGCAGUAUCAACUUUAAAAAGGAAGAAGAAAAGCUACAGAGGUGUAUAAUAAACAUGUUGCAAGCGUCCGCAAAAAGAGACGGAUGUUGCCAGACCGAUAAGAAAGUGAACGAGCGAUUGACCAAUCGGACGAAUUCCUUCUCGAGUUCGGGUAGUAGGCCGAACAAUUUGAAGCAUUUAAACCAUGAUAGUAGAGAAUUAUUUACUAAACGAAGUCCGACGGACGUGGCGUGCGUGCCGCCCUUUGAGAGAGAGAUCCAAAGGCUGCUCGAUGAUAAGAUUCGCACCAAGAAUGUUCCGCAGAAGUCGGAGAGGAAAGAACUGAAACUGGAGCUCAGGGGUCAAAACCCAGCUCUGGAACCUCUCCGCAACUGCAACAACAAUAGCAGCCCACUCCACGCGGUGGGAUUGGCCGCGAUCGCUCAGUUGGCUCGCGCUGCGCCGGCUUCCGCUCCCUCUUCUGCUCCUGUUGUAUUAACGCCCACGCGACCGAACGAGUUUCCCGGGGUACUGCCCACAGAUGUGGUCGUACAGCUGCCUUCACCGCACCAUUCGGCUAGAAACGAUGCUAGUCCACCAUGUGAGCGGAAAGCGGAAGCGACUUCUUCCAAAGAAAAUGAAGAGAAAGAAAUUCAGGAACGACUGCACAACCGGGUGACCGCUUCGAACCAUAGAGAAAUGGGCAUCUACGGUGAGAGUCAGUCGGAAUGGAGCUCUUCGUGUUCCGAAGGCGAGGGCGAGGGUGAAGGUGGGCAGCCCGAAAGCACCGGAUAUACGACCGACGAUCCAGCGCUGGAAAACGUCUCCAUGCUCAACGAGGCUGGACUUACUGACGCUGAAGCUGCUUUAAGUGACGUCAAUUCUUGUUACUUCGACCGCGAUGACGAUGUCUCUUCGCGAGCCUCUUCCCGCUUACUAGAUUCGGAAGCUCUAGUCUCUUUGGAGUCCCUUAGCGCCAUCUAUGACUCGGAUGAGCCCGCGCAUCGAUACCUUGCUAACAUACGCACUGUCAGCGAAUCAAUCACGAGGAACUUCGGACAACCCGCCCACGUCACAGAUGGAGAAAGCGACGUGUAAUGCUAACGUGAGUGAUAUGUGUGUUAUUUCGAACGCGAUGACGAUGUUUCCUCGCGAGCCUCCUCUUGACUUCAAGACUGGGAGGCUUUAUUGUUUCUUUAGAGUCUCUAGCGCCAUCUAUGACUCAAGACGAACCCGUGAACGGAUAUCUGGCGAACGUACGCACCGUCAGCGAAUCGAUCACGAGGAACUCUGCAAUGCAGACGUGAGUGAUAUGAGUGUUAUUUCGAACGCGACGACGAUGUUUUCUCGCGAGCCUCUUUCCGUUUAUUAGACUCAGAAGCUUUAGUUUCUUUAGAGUCUCUCAGCGCCAUCUAUGACUCGGACGAACCCGUGAACGGAUAUCAGGCGAACAUACGCACCGUCAGCGAAUCGAUCACGAGGAACUUUGGACAACCCGCCCACGUCACAGACGGAGAAAGCAACAUGUAAUGCUGACGUGAGUAAUAUGUGUGUUAUUUCGAACGCGACGAUGAUGUUUCCUCGCGGGCCUCCUCCCGCCUUCUAGACUGGGAGGCUUUUAUAUCUUAUUUGAGUCCCUCAGCGCCAUCUAUAACUCGAAUGAGCUCGCGCAUCUAUACCUCGCGAACAAUACGCAUAUUCAGCGCGAUUCGCUGAUGUACCUACUGUCUGCGAAUCGAUUACGAGGGACUCCGGACAACCGGUCCACGUCACAGUCGGAGAAAGCGACGUGUAAUGCUGCCGUGAGUGAUAUGUGAAAUUGUUAAUUAAUUGAUAAAAAGAAACACCCUUUCGGUUGUAAUUAAGAAUAAUGUGAUAGUGAAGAAAUCUCAGAAUUUGUGUGUACUUUUACAUGUGACUAGAAUCUGUCACCAGUUUUUAAAGACUUAAUUUUGGCUCUCUCUAUUAAUUACGAAACAAUACUCACGAAAGAUUUCGGUGAUCUAGCGUCGUCGUGAUGGCAUCGUUCUCGAAUUUUGAAAGGAGCGGAUCGUUUUUGACCCUUUACACUUCAAAUCGUCGUCACUGACCUACGAUGUGCCUGUGUUUUGUAAUGAUUUUACGAUUGUAAAUUGUGUCGAUAUGUACCUAAUACUUACCUGUGUAAUUAAAGUGUAUGAUAUUCAUGUACAGCCGAGGUGCCAUGUGAUGGCUCGUGAAUCAUCAAUGAGUGUGCGAUGAUCUCUACAAUUAUAAGGUGCUCUGAAUUUUAGAAUUAUUUGUGGUU